AUGAAACCUAGAAGUAUUCGCUGUAUUAAAUUUUUCCUGACUCUUUUUAACAUUGUCUUCAUUUUAUUUGCCCUUGUUUUAAUGGCAGUAUGCGUCAUCAAUAUGAGAGAUAAGAAGAGUAAGCCGGAGAAACAGCUGAUGCUGUCAUACGGAGUGCUCUCGUUCCUACUGACGCUGACUUUUGGUUUGUUGGUGGCGGCGCUGCUUGGCUGCAUCGGUGCACUGAGAGAGAAUAUUAAGAUACUUUACGUGCAUGCCUGUUUCUUGAUAUUCAUUGUGUCAGUCGAGAUGAUCGUUGGUAUCGGCGGAGCUGUGCUGAGCGCAUGGAUGGGCGGCAGUAAUGACUUCAGAGUUCAAUUUUACAAGAACUCCACUGUGGAUGAUGGUGUUAACCAAGUUAUGUUAUGGGAUAAUCUGCAGUCCGAGAAUCAAUGCUGUGGUGUCGACGGUCCUCAAGACUACGCUAUACUGGAGAGGGAGAUCCCUGUAUCAUGCUGCGCCCGCGCACACCCGCUCCGGGACGGCCGAGCGAGAAGGCACUUGCACUCCGCGUGCCUGGCAGAGAAGACGUACUAUACGAACGGUUGUGAGGAGGUGAUGCGGCAGAAGAAGGCUUUUAAGGGCACUGUCUUUAUUUCUACUGGGAUCAUAUUCUCCUUACUCGAGAUCGUGUGCAUCAUUCUCGCGAUAUACAUGGCUCGUUCAAUAAGAGGAGAGAGAAGAAGACUCCAGCAAAGCUUACAGGCUCAUUUCGAAAGUUAA